CGGGUCAGUGGCGGGCGGCGUCGGGCGUGCGUGCGGCGGCCGGGCACCAUGGCGUCCGCGCCGCACCCCAGCGCCGCCGCCCCGGGCCCGGCCUGCGCCGCGGCGGCGGGCGGCAUCCUCAUCGGCGACCGGCUCUACUCGGAGGUGUCGCUGACCAUCGACCACUCGCUGAUCCCCGAGGAGCGCCUGUCGCCCACGCCGUCCAUGCAGGACGGGCUGGACCUGCCCAGCGAGACGGACCUGCGCAUCCUGGGCUGCGAGCUGGUGCAGGCGGCGGGCAUCCUGCUGCGGCUGCCGCAGGUGGCCAUGGCCACGGGCCAGGUGCUCUUCCACCGCUUCUUCUACUCCAAGUCCUUCGUCAAGCACAGCUUCGAGAUCGUGGCCAUGGCCUGCAUCAACCUGGCGUCCAAGAUCGAGGAGGCGCCGCGCCGGAUCCGCGACGUGAUCAACGUCUUCCACCACCUGCGCCAGCUGCGGGGCAAGAGGACUCCAAGCCCCCUGAUCCUUGAUCAGAACUACAUUAACACCAAAAAUCAAGUUAUCAAGGCAGAGAGGAGGGUGCUGAAGGAGCUGGGGUUCUGUGUCCAUGUCAAGCACCCCCAUAAGAUCAUUGUUAUGUAUUUACAAGUCUUAGAGUGUGAACGUAAUCAAACCCUGGUUCAGACUGCCUGGAACUAUAUGAAUGACAGUCUCCGCACCAAUGUCUUUGUCCGCUUCCAACCGGAGACGAUCGCGUGCGCGUGCAUCUACCUGGCGGCCCGGGCUCUGCAGAUCCCCCUGCCCACCCGUCCCCACUGGUUCCUCCUGUUCGGUACCACGGAGGAGGAGGUGCAAGAGAUCUGCGUCGAGACCCUGCGGCUCUACACCAGGAAAAAGCCCAACUACGAGUUGCUGGAAAAGGAAGUAGAGAAAAGGAAAGUGGCCUUGCAGGAAGCCAAGCUAAAGGCCAAGGGCUUGAAUCCCGACGGGACACCGGCCCUGUCCACCCUCGGGGGCUUUUCUCCAGCCUCAAAACCAUCGUCCCCGAGGGAGGUGAAGGCCGAGGAGAAGUCUCCGGCUGCCACCAGCACCAAGACGGUGAAGAAGGAGCCGGAGGACCGGCAGCAGCUUCCCAAAAGCCCGUACAAUGGCGUGAGGAAGGACAGCAAGCACAGCAGGAACAGCCGGAGUGCCAGCCGCUCCCGCUCCAGGACGCGCUCGCGGUCCCACAGCCCCCGUAGACAUUACAACAACAGGCGGAGCCGCUCGGGCACCUACAGCUCGCGCUCACGGAGCCGGUCGCGCAGCCCCAGCGAGAGCCCCCGGCGACACCACGGCUCGCCCGCGCUCAAGGCCAAGCCGGCCCGCGGGGACCUGAAGGGCACCCGGCACAGCCACAAGCGGAAGAAGUCGCGCUCACGCUCGCCCAGCAAGUCUCGGGACCACGCGGACGCAGCCAAGAAGCACCGGCACGAGCGGGCCCACCACCGGGACCGGCGCUCGCGCUCGCGCUCCCUGGACCGGGCACACAAGGGCAAACACCACGGCGGCCGCUCCGGCCACGGCAGGCACCGGCGCUGAGGGCCACGGCAGGACGGCUUCUCACCCCGGCCCUGGCACUGGGAAGA